AUGCUCAUGUGGACCGACCAAGCCGUUCAAAUAUUGUUAGAUGGUUUGCAGAAUCACGAGUGUUUAUGGAAUUUGAAAAGUAAAGACUACAAGGAUAGAGGAAUGAAAAGGAUUGCCCUCGGUGACUUGUUGGAAAGUUUGAAAAAAGAGAUAUUGGACUUUGAAGGGGAUGUAGAUGCCAUAAAGGCGAAAAUUCAAAGUCUGCGAACUACAUACAGAGAAGAAUUGGGCAGAGUACGAAAUUUUCUCGAAGGAGUUGUUGCAGUGGACUCUGGUGCUACUGUAUCAAAUCUUACAAAUUUGCAAAAUAAUGAAGAUGACAAUGAUGGUGAGGGAGAAAAUUCCAGGGAUCUAGAUCGUACACCUACACCUGAAACACCAAAGCUACCACACAUCCAAUCAAAGCGUCGAAAGAGAGAAUCAACACCAGUAUCAACAACUCACACAUGGAUGGAUACAGCUAGUCAUGCCCUGAAGACUCUGGCUGACAGUGCUAAAGAAACAACAGAUGAAUGGGAUGAUUUUGCCAAAGAUGUGGCAAAUACUUUGAGAGGGAUUCCCAACAAGUCGACGCAGCGAAGAACUAAGUUUGCCAUACAGAAAAUCUUGUUUGAUGCCAGGGAGAGUGAUGACCAUUUUAUCGCCCCACAACAAUCAGCACAACCACAAACCCAGUGGGUUGCACCCAAUUACAAUCCGAACAACACCUGA